UCUCCAAUAGCAGCUCACUCCAACUCCACUGUCAAAUCUUCAAAAGCAACUUCUCAAUGUAAACAAAUCUGCCAUCUUCAUUUCUUUAUCCUUUCAACACCAAAAAAGAAUUUCCUUUUGGCUCACUUCUCCAUUUUUAUCCUCCAAAAUUUUCAAAGUAAACUGAAUAAAAGCUCCAUUUCAGUACUUCUUGAUCUGGUAUUUCUUUGAAGUUAUUUCCAAAUCUCUAGUCUCAGAUUUGCAACUUCUCGAUGCAAACAGUCUGCUAUUAUUAAAACCCACAAAUCCAAAACCCCGCUUCCAUUUCCUUUUCUUUCUUCUUACCCAUUGUUCAUUUCAGUACACACACACACACACACAAAAAAAAAAAAAAAAAAUACAAUUAAAAUAACCCCACCCACUUGCCACCUCUUUUCUUGACAUGUCCUUUUGGUUCAAUAUUUAAAAGGAAACUGAAAAUAGACUCCAUUUCUGUACUUCUUGAUCUGUAAUUUUGCUGAAAUUAUUACCAAGUCUCUAGUCUCCAUUUGCAACUUCUCGAUGCAAACAGUAUUCUAUUAAACCCACAAAUCCAAAACCCCAGCUCAUUUCACUACACCAAAAACAAAAACAACAAUAAAAAUAAACCCUACCACUUUUCUGGACAUUUCUUUUUGGUUCAGUAUUUCUCCAUUUUUUGUAUUCUUUGAACUAGGCUUUUAAUUUGUGUUAUUCAAUGGCUGACAUAGUGAAACAGAUCUUAACAAAGCCAAUCCAAUUAGCAGACCAAGUAACAAAAGCAGCAGAUGAAGCACAUUCCUUUAAACAAGACUGCUUAGAUAUAAAAUCCAAAACAGAAAAACUCGCCGCGCUGCUACGUCAAGCAGCGCGAGCUAGUAACGACCUUUACCAACGUCCAACUAAACGUAUCAUCGAAGACACUGAACAAGUACUCGAAAAAGCACUAUCCAUCGUAACAAAAUGUCGUGCCAACGGCUUAGUAAAAAGAGUUUUUACUAUCAUUCCUGCUGCGGCUUUCAGGAAAAUGACUUCCCUACUGGAGAAUUCUAUUGGAGAUGUGUCGUGGUUGUUACGUGUUUCUGCGAAUGCGAGUGAGAGGGGUGAUGAGUAUUUGGGGUUGCCACCUAUUGCUGCGAAUGAGCCAAUAUUGUGUUUGAUAUGGGAACAGAUUGCGAUUUUGUAUACGGGUUUGGCUGAUGAGAGAUCGGAUGCGGCUGCUUCGUUGGUUUCGUUAGCCAGGGAUAAUGAUCGGUAUGGGAAGUUGAUCAUCGAAGAAGGUGGAGUUGGACCUUUGUUGAAAUUAUUGAAGGAAGGGAAAUUGGAAGGUCAAGAAAAUGCAGCUCAGGCAAUUGGACUUCUUGGACGCGACCCGGAAAGUGUUGAACACAUGGUACAUGCUGGAGUUUGCUCAGUCUUCGCGAAAAUCCUCAAAGAAGGUCCGAUGAAAGUUCAGUCAGUAGUAGCAUGGGCAGUUGCUGAGCUCGCUUCACAUUACCCGAAAUGCCAAGAUCUUUUCCAGCAGCAUAAUAUAGUCCGGUUACUCGUUAGCCAUCUCGCGUUUGAGACGGUCCAAGAGCAUAGCAAAUAUACCAUCAUAAGCAAAGCCACUUCGAUUCAUGCUGUUGUUUUGGCUAGCAAUAACAAUAGUAAUGUGAACAAAAAGGCGAAAGAGGAUGAUGCCAAGACGACUCAUAUUCCACAUCCGUUGGGCAAUAACAAGUCUAAUCAAAUGCACAAUGUGAUUACCACCACUAUGUCGAUGAAGGGUCUAACGAAGACGACCCCUCAGCAGAAUCUUGUCAAUGGCAUUAACGUAAAUAAUGUCGUGAAGCAAAAUCAUUUCAAUCAGAACAAUGUUUGUUCAACAGGGGCGAGUAACAAUAAAGGGAGGGAAAAUGAGGAUCCCGCUACCAAGGCUUAUAUGAAGGCGAUGGCUGCACGAGCGUUAUGGAAACUAGCCAAGGGAAAUUCCUCUAUUUGUCGCAGCAUUACUGAAUCACGGGCACUGCUUUGCUUCGCGGUACUCUUGGAGAAAGGAACCGAAGAUGUUAAGUACAAUUCUUCAAUGGCAGUAAUGGAAAUCACAGCAGUGGCAGAACGAGAUUCUGAUCUGAGACGAUCAGCAUUCAAGCCUAAUACGACGGCCUGUAAAGCCGUUGUUGAUCAAUUGCUGAGAAUCAUCGAAAAAGGAGACUCAGAUUUGCUUAUUCCGUGUAUUAAUGCUAUCGGGAAUUUAGCUAGGACUUUUCGAGCAACAGAAACACGGAUGAUUAGUCCGUUAGUUAAGCUGCUCGACGUGCCUGAACCAGGAAUUUCUAAAGAAGCUGCUAUAGCACUAACGAAAUUUGCUUGUUCGGAUAACUACCUUCAUAUGGAUCAUUCAAAGGCAAUUAUAAGUGCUGGUGGUGCAAAACAUUUGAUUCAACUUGUUUACUUUGGUGAACAAAAAGUUCAAGGUCCCGCAUUAGUUCUGCUUUGUUACAUCGCAUUGCACGUUCCUGAUAGCGAAGCGCUUGCUCAAGCCGAGGUGUUGACAGUGCUCGAAUGGGCCUCGAAGCACGCGUACUUGAGCCAACAUGAAAAGGGGGAUAAAUUGUUGCAAGAAGCGAAUGGCAGACUGGAACUUUAUCAGUCUAGAGGAUCAAGGGGAUUCCAUUGAUUAACAAUGACUCAUUGUGCAGAAUAAUUUGUGUUAUUAGGUGAAAUUUUCUGUUACUUGUUUUAGAUUUUCUUUUUGUUUCCUUUUGGUUAGAAAUGUACAUAAGAUAUGUCUUUUUAACCCUUCACUAGUUGUGUAGAAUAAGCUCCUAAUUGGAUCAUUCAGCAUUGCUAAUGCUCUGCCUCUGUCGUAACUUUUUUGUUCCAGAAUAUGUAUUAUUGUAUCUAAGACACAAAAAUC